AUUUCUUUUAUUCCUCAGUUGUUACCCCAAAACUCCUGGGAAACUUUGUAUGGGAGAAAAAUGUAAUUUCUUACCCUGGAUAUAUAACUCAGCUUUUUUUCUUUUGUGUUUUUGCUAUAUCUGAGUGUUACAUGCUCACUGCGAUGGCAUAUGAUAGAUAUGUUGCCAUAUGUAGUCCAUUGCUCUACAAUGUCACCAUGUCCCAAAAGGUCUGCAGUGUGCUGGUGACUGGGGUCUAUAUCACUGCAACUUUGGGAGCUAUGGCUCACACUGUCUUCAUGAGUAGGCUAUCCUUCUGUGGGAACAAUGUCAUCCACUGUUACUUCUGUGACAUAAUUCCUCUCCUAAAGCUCUCCUGCUCCAGUACUUACAUCAAUGAACUUCUGCUGAUACUUGUAGGUGGAUUAAAUGUAUUAGCAACAACUGUGCCCAUCAUCAUCUCUUAUGCCUUUAUAUUCCCCAAUAUCCUUCGAAUACCUUCAACUGAGGGCUAAUCCAAAACCUUUGUUACCUGUAGCUCUCAUCUUACAGCUGUUGGGGUCUUUUAUGGAUCCAUAAUAUUCAUAUAUUUAAAGCCAGCAUCCAGCAGCAACAUGGCCCAGGAGAAGGUGGCUUCUGUAUUCUAUACCACAGUGAUCCCUAUGCUGAAACCUUUGAUCUAUAGCUUGAGGAAUAAGGAUGUGAAAAAUGUUCUCAGCAAAGUCAUGGGUAUGAGGUAUGGAGCACAUGAGGCUAAUAGAACCACUAAAGGUCAUGGUCGAAGGAAAACCAUGAAUAUCUACAUAGAUGUGGAAAGAGCCAUUAACAAAAUUCAG